UGGGAGGGGCCAGGGCGGAGGCGAGUCACGUGACGGUGCCAACAUGGCGGCGCCGUGGCGGCGCGGCCGCUGAGGGAGGCGCGGCCCUUCCGGGUGGUGCCGCGGGCCCCGAGUGCCCGCCCGGCUCUUGCUCCCGGCCCUCGCCCCGCUCCGGCCUCGUCAUGCAGCCACCGGCUCGCGAGCAGGACGCCCGCACUAAGAGCAUGUUCGUGUCGCGGGCCCUGGAGAAGAUCCUGGCCGAGAAGGAGGCGAAGCGGCCCCCGCACGGGCAGCUGCGGAGAGCCUGCCAGGUGGCGCUGGAUGAAAUAAAAAGUGAGCUGGAAAAGCAAAGAGAAGGCACUGCUGCUCCACCAAAAGCAAAUUUCAUUGAAGCAGAUAAAUACUUCCUUCCAUUUGAGCUGGCCUGCCAGUCGAAGUCUCCACGCAUCGUCAGCACCUCCCUGGAUUGUUUGCAGAAACUCAUUGCAUACGGGCAUAUCACUGGCAAUGCCCCGGACAGCGGAGCUCCCGGGAAACGGCUCAUCGACCGAAUAGUGGAGACCAUUUGCAAUUGCUUUCAGGGGCCUCAGACAGAUGAAGGAGUACAGCUGCAGAUAAUUAAGGCUCUUCUCACUGCAGUAACAUCUCCAUAUAUAGAAAUUCAUGAAGGAACAAUUCUUCAAACUGUUAGAACCUGCUACAACAUCUAUCUGGCCAGUAAAAAUCUUAUCAACCAGACAACUGCCAAAGCUACCCUGACACAGAUGUUAAAUGUCAUUUUUACACGGAUGGAAAAUCAAGCUCUGCAGGAGUCCAGAGAGGCAGAGCGAGCGCAGAAGCCGCAGUCCCCCGCGGUGGCGGAGUCGCGGUCCCCGCGGCCGGGGCAGCGGCAGCGCGGCUCCGGGGCCGGCACCGCCGGCAGAGCUGGCACCGCCGGCCCCGCGCUGGCCAACGGGGAGCCCGGCCAGGGGGAGCCUGAGCAUGGAGAACCCGGCCAUGGGCAGCCCGGCCAAGGACAGCCUGAGCAUGGAGAACCCGGCCAUGGCCAGCCCGGCCGUGGAGAACCCGGCCAUGGCCAGCCCGGCCACGGGGAGCUGCCCCGGGCCCCUGCCCUGCCCGCAGCAGAGGAAACAACUGAUGCAGGAAAGGAAAUGGUUCAAGGCAUUUUGGAAGAUGUGGUGGAGUCAGCUGUGAAAGUGGCUGAAGAAAAGCAGGUAACAGAACCUGCCAAGGCUCUGCCUGCAUUGGAGGCUGCAGAUACUAUUCUUUCUGGCUCUAGCAGUGAAAAUGUACAAACAAAUGGGAUUCCAGAUGAUGGACAGUCUGUUUCCUCCACUGAUAAUCUGGAAACAGAUGUACCUGGACAUCAGGCUGCUGCCAGAUUUUCCCAUGUUCUACAAAAGGAUGCCUUCCUUGUGUUCAGGUCAUUGUGCAAGCUCUCCAUGAAACCGCUGGGGGAAGGACCACCAGAUCCCAAAUCCCAUGAGCUGCGUUCCAAGGUUGUGUCUCUCCAGCUGCUUCUCUCAGUGCUGCAGAAUGCUGGUCUGGUUUUCAGGACACAUGAAAUGUUCAUCAAUGCAAUCAAGCAAUAUCUUUGUGUAGCAUUAUCUAAAAAUGGAGUCUCUUCUGUUCCUGAUGUGUUUGAGCUCUCUCUUGCUAUCUUCCUCACACUACUUUCAAAUUUUAAGACCCAUUUAAAAAUGCAGAUUGAGGUGUUCUUCAAAGAGAUCUUCCUGAAUAUUCUAGAGACUUCUUCAAGUUCCUUUGAACACAAAUGGAUGGUGAUUCAGACUUUAACUAGAAUUUGUGCAGAUGCCCAGUGUGUAGUGGAUAUUUAUGUUAACUAUGAUUGUGAUUUAAAUGCUGCUAAUAUAUUUGAACGUCUAGUAAAUGAUUUGUCCAAAAUAGCACAGGGACGGAGUGGGCAUGAGCUGGGAAUGACACCUUUGCAGGAACUAAGCCUGAGGAAAAAAGGACUUGAAUGUUUGGUUUCUAUUUUAAAAUGUAUGGUAGAAUGGAGCAAAGACCUUUAUGUGAACCCCAAUCAUCAGACUAGCUUGGGUUCAUAUAAACCAUCUGAGCAGGAAGUGGCUGAAGGGAAAUGCCUGGACCCUGCAGGGAGGAGGAGCAGUGUCAGCUCCUUGGACUCCACGGUGUCGUCGGGAGUGGGGAGUGUUGGCACCCAGACUGCUGUCCCAGAUGACCCAGAGCAGUUUGAAGUCAUCAAGCAGCAGAAGGAAAUAAUUGAACAUGGGAUAGAGCUGUUUAAUAAGAAACCGAAGAGAGGAAUACAGUAUCUACAGGAGCAGGGAAUGCUUGGCAGCACAGCAGAGGACCUGGCACAGUUCCUGCACCAGGAGGAACGUCUGUGCUCCACUCAAGUAGGGGAAUUCCUUGGGGAAAGCAGCAAGUUUAACAAGGAGGUGAUGUAUGCGUACGUGGAUCAGCUUGAUUUCUGUGGAAAAGACUUUGUCUCUGCUCUGCGUAUAUUUCUGGAAGGUUUCCGUCUGCCAGGUGAAGCCCAGAAGAUUGAUAGAUUAAUGGAGAAGUUUGCUGCUAGAUAUAUUGAGUGCAACCAACGGCAAACACUAUUUGCUAGUGCAGACACUGCGUAUGUUUUGGCAUACUCCAUUAUAAUGCUGACUACAGACUUGCACAGUCCACAGGUAAAAAAUAAAAUGACAAAGGAGCAAUACAUUAAAAUGAAUCGAGGAAUCAAUGACAGUAAAGACCUGCCAGAAGAGUAUUUAUCCACAAUCUAUGAAGAAAUAGAAGGAAAGAAAAUUGCGAUGAAAGAGACAAAAGAAUAUGCAAUUACAACCAAGUGUAGCAAACCAAGUGUGGCUAACGAGAAGCAGCGAAGGUUGUUGUACAACUUGGAGAUGGAGCAAAUGGCAAAGACAGCCAAAGCCCUCAUGGAGGCAGUGAGCCAUGCAAAGGCUCCUUUCACCAGUGCCACUCACCUGGAUCACGUCAGGCCCAUGUUCAAACUUGUCUGGACUCCGCUGCUGGCAGCUUACAGUGUUGGUCUGCAGAACUGCGAUGACACGGAGGUGGCGUCCCUGUGUUUGGAAGGGAUCCGCUGUGCCAUCAGGAUCGCCUGUAUCUUUGGGAUGCAGCUUGAGCGAGAUGCUUAUGUACAGGCCCUCGCUCGUUUUUCCUUGUUGACUGCCAGUUCCAGCAUCACAGAAAUGAAACAGAAGAACAUUGAUACCAUUAAGACACUCAUUACAGUUGCUCACACAGAUGGCAACUAUCUUGGCAAUUCUUGGCAUGAGAUCUUGAAAUGCAUUAGCCAGCUGGAGCUGGCACAGCUCAUAGGAACUGGUGUGAAAACUCGGUAUUUGUCCGGUUCUGGGCGUGAGAGGGAAGGCAGCGUGAAGGGCUACGCCUCUGCAGGAGAAGAGUUUAUGAGCCUGGGGUUAGGGAACCUCGUGGGGAGCGGGGCUGACAAGCGGCACAUGGCGAGCAUCCAGGAGUCCGUGGGCGAGACCAGCUCGCAGAGUGUGGUGGUGGCAGUGGACAGGAUCUUCACGGGCUCCACCAGGCUGGACGGGAACGCCAUAGUUGACUUUGUGCGCUGGCUGUGCGCCGUGUCCAUGGACGAGCUGGCGUCCCCGCACCACCCGCGCAUGUUCAGCCUGCAGAAGAUCGUGGAGAUCUCCUACUACAACAUGAACCGCAUCCGGCUGCAGUGGUCACGGGUCUGGCACGUGAUUGGAGACCACUUCAACAAGGUUGGGUGUAACCCUAACGAAGAUGUUGCCAUCUUUGCUGUAGACUCAUUAAGGCAGCUGUCAAUGAAAUUCCUUGAGAAGGGAGAGUUGGCCAACUUCCGCUUCCAGAAAGACUUCCUCAGGCCCUUUGAGCAUAUUAUGAAGAAAAACAGAUCUCCAACUAUUCGGGACAUGGUGAUCCGCUGCAUUGCUCAGAUGGUGAACUCUCAAGCUGGGAACAUUCGCUCAGGCUGGAAGAACAUCUUUGCAGUCUUUCACCAGGCAGCGUCAGACCACGAUGGGAAUAUCGUGGAGCUGGCCUUUCAGACCACAGCACACAUAGUCACCAAUAUUUUUCAGCAGCAUUUUCCAGCAGCAAUUGACUCCUUUCAGGAUGCAGUAAAAUGCCUCUCUGAGUUUGCCUGCAACGUUGCCUUCCCGGACACCAGCAUGGAAGCCAUCAGGCUCAUUCGCUAUUGUGCAAAAUAUGUCUCAGAAAGACCACAGGUAUUAAGGGAAUACACAAGUGAUGACAUGAAUGUGGCUCCUGGGGACAGAGUGUGGGUCAGAGGAUGGUUUCCUAUUUUGUUUGAACUUUCUUGUAUCAUCAAUCGUUGCAAGUUAGAUGUUCGUACAAGAGGCUUAACAGUGAUGUUUGAAAUCAUGAAGAGUUACGGGCAUACCUUUGAAAAGCACUGGUGGCAAGACCUGUUUAGAAUUGUGUUUCGGAUUUUUGAUAAUAUGAAACUCCCUGAACAACAAACUGAGAAAUCAGAGUGGAUGACCACGACGUGCAACCACGCCCUCUAUGCCAUCUGUGACGUGUUCACGCAGUUCUAUGAGGCUUUGCACCAGAUCCUUCUUCCUGACAUACUUACACAGUUACACUGGUGUGUAAAACAAGAUAAUGAGCAGUUGGCACGAUCAGGUACAAACUGCCUAGAAAACCUGGUAAUACUCAAUGGACAGAAAUUCAGCCCCGAAGUCUGGGGCCAGACGUGCAAUUGUAUGCUAGAAAUCUUCAAAACAACCAUUCCUCAUGUUUUGCUGACAUGGAAGCCUGUAGGAAUGGAGGAAGAUUCAUCUGAAAAACACCUGGAUUUGGACCUAGAUCACCAGUCUUUAAGCAGCAUGGAUAAAAAUGCCUCUGAAAGAGGACAAAGCCAAUAUUCAAAUCCAACAGAUGAGAGCUGGAAAGGUGGUCCUUAUGCAAACCAAAAACUAUUUGCUGGCCUCCUGAUCAAGUGUGUGGUACAGCUGGAGUUGAUUCAGACCAUUGAUAACAUAGUGUUCUAUCCAGCAACAAGCAAGAAGGAAGAUGCUGAGCACAUGGCUGCAGCUCAGCGAGACACACUGGAUGCAGAUAUCCACAUUGACACAGAAGACCAAGGAAUGUAUAAAUACAUGUCUUCACAUCACCUUUUUAAGUUACUGGAUUGUCUGCAAGAGUCUCACUCAUUUUCAAAAGCCUUUAAUUCAAAUUACGAGCAGCGAACCGUGUUAUGGAGAGCAGGGUUCAAGGGCAAAUCCAAACCCAAUCUCCUGAAACAAGAGACCAGCAGCCUGGCGUGCUGCCUGCGGAUCCUGUUCCGGAUGUACGCGGACGAGAGCCGGCGGGAGGCGUGGGGCGCCGUGCAGCAGCGCCUGCUCAGUGUGUGCAGUGAAGCCCUGGCGUAUUUUAUCACUGUCAACUCAGAGAGCCACAGAGAAGCCUGGACCAAUCUCCUGCUGUUGCUUUUAACAAAAACACUAAAAAUCAGUGAUGAUAAGUUCAGGGCACACGCCGCCGCCUAUUACCCGUACCUGUGCGAGAUGGUGCAGUUUGACCUGAUCCCCGAGCUGCGCGCGGUGCUGCGCAGGUUCUUCCUGCGCAUCGGGGCCGUGUUCCACAUCUGCAGCACGCACGGGCAGCACGGGGCCGGGGCUGCCUGCCUGCCUGGCAGCUCUGCCUGAGGCCUCACAGCCCCCGUGCGUGGGGCUGUGUCCAGAGAUGGACUGAAUGGACGGCAAAACGGGACCGGGAGUGUCGCCACAGGAGCAAGCUGUUCUCACCACAGCGGCAUUUGGGAACGAGGAAAAUGAUCCUGUUCUGCCCAUCCUACAGCAGUGUCAGCAGUUUUAUUUGAAUUAUUGCGUACAGAGUCAGUACAGUAGGUGUGCAGUCUCUUGGUUUCAAUGCUAAUCAUUUGUAUGAUCCAGUAUGUCUCUUCUGGUCUUUUAUCCACCGCUCAGUCUUUCAUCCCAGCUAGAGCUGAUGAAUCAGCUGGACCUCUCCACACAAGUUAUGCCCCUUGGAACUAAUGACUGUGCUUGUGUAGCCUUGUGGUGUUGGCACGUGUUCAUAAUGAACUCGGCUGUGGUGGCCGGGGACCACCCGAGA